CGUUGAAUGGCCGUUACAGACUCUGCCUAUUUCCCCCUUCAAAUCUCUCCCCAUUUCAUAUCUAAAGAUCUCUCUCUCUCUCUCUCUCUCUCUCUCGUAAAGAGAAUGUGGAGAUCGUCCGUUUUUCUAUCACGCACUCUCUCAGCCGUUAGAUAUGGGAGAAAACCGCCGCGGUUCAUCUCGGCCGCAUACUCUUUCCUUCCGUCGCUUCCCUUCUCUUCACAACAAGAGGCAGGUCCGAACAGUAACAGCAGCAGAAGCAACGGUGAGGAUGCGAUCUCAUUCGCGGAGGCGAAGAAGCUGCUGAGGCUGGUUAACGUAGAGGCAUUGAAGAACAAGCUGGGAAUGGAGGGAGAGGAGGUAAUCGGGUACCCGGAUCUGCUCAAGGCCUGUGAGACCAUGGGCGUUGCUCGUUCGUCUGAUGAGGCGGCCGCUUUCGCUCGUGUCCUUGAUGAGGCUGGCGUCGUCCUCCUUUUCCGAGACAAGGUCUACCUGCAUCCCGAUAAGGUCGUGGAUCUUGUGAGAAGAGCCAUGCCUCUGGCAUUGACACCGGAGGAUGACCCCAGGAGAGAAGAGCUGAAGACACUGCUGAAAAAGAAGGAAGAGAUAGACAUGCUCGCGCACAGGCAUGUCCGCCGCAUCCUAUGGACAGGAUUGGGUUUCCUGGUGGUCCAAGUAAGCCUCUUCUUCCGGCUGACGUUUUGGGAGUUCUCCUGGGAUGUCAUGGAGCCGAUCACAUUUUUCACCACCAUGACUGGCCUAGUCAUGGGAUACACCUACUUCCUCGUCACGUCAAGGGACCCGACAUACCGAGAUAUGAUGAAGAGGCUGUACACAUCCAGACAAAGGAAGCUGAUCAAGAAAUCAAAGUUUGACAUAGAACGGUUGGAAGAAUUGCAGAAGAAGUGCAAAUCCCCUCUAGAUGGCGUUAGUGGAAUGGGUCUAGAUCCAUUUCAUGGAGAUUGAUGCCUUGAUGAGAACCCAUGUGGUUUGUUGUUGUUUACCCUACCGUCGUAAUAUUUGUGGUUUUAAGUGUAACCCAGGUUUUGUUUUUGGCUUCUGGGUGAUACUAUUUCAUCCGCCGGAUGGGGAGAAUUAGGAUAGAAUUAAAUGAUGCACCAUUGUUGUAAUUGAGGGUCCAAUAGAAUGCCAAUAUCUAUUUUGCUUAAGCAAAAUGAUUUAUAAAACUAAGCCCACAAAGUGGGUCCCAUGGUCCGGAACCAUUGGUGUUGUUUAUGCCACCGUCUAUUGGAACUGUAAUAACCAAUCUUCGACCCUUUUUCAGUUGAAUGUGGAUCAUUGCUGCAUUUCUCUUA